UUCCGGCCAGUGCGUCGACGUCAGCCAGGCCGCGAAGAACCCGUCCGCGGUCUGCCCGCACUCGGCGCGCUCCGCUCGGCACAGGCCCGCCGGUCACCGCUCGUCUUCCCGCAGGCCUUGACGACAUGGGCAGCAAAGAAGGAUCAGGAGGGUUCAGGAAAAGGAAGCAUGACAAUUUUCCACAUAACCAGAGAAGAGAAGGGAAGGAUGUCAAUUCAUCUUCACCCGUGAUGCUGGCCUUCAAAUUGUUCUUAGCAUUUCAGCAGGAACUUGAUGCAAGGCAUGACAAAUAUGAGAGACUUGUGAAACUUAGUCGGGAUAUAACUGUUGAAAGUAAAAGGACAAUUUUUCUACUCCAUAGGAUUACGAGUGCUCCUGAUAUGGAAGAAAUACUGAAUGAAUCAGAAAUAAAAUUGGAUGGUGUCCGACAGAAGAUAUUACAGGUAGCGCAGGAGGUAUCAGGAGAAGACAUGCACCAAUUUCAUCGAGCCAUCACUACAGGACUCCAGGAAUAUGUGGAAGCUGUCUCUUUUCAACACUUUAUCAAAACACGAUCAUUAAUCAGUAUGGAUGAAAUUAAUAAACAAUUGAUAUUUACAACUGAAGACAAUGGGAAAGAAAAUAAGACGCCCUCCUCUGAUGCACAAGAUAAGGAGUUUGGCACUUGGAGGCUGAAAGUCACACCUGUUGAUUACCUUCUGGGAGUGGCUGAUUUAACUGGAGAAUUGAUGCGGAUGUGUAUUAACAGUGUGGGGAAUGGGGACAUUGACACCCCCUUUGAAGUGAGCCAGUUUUUACGUCAGGUGUAUGAUGGAUUUUCAUUCAUUGGCAACACUGGACCAUAUGAGGUUUCUAAGAAGCUGUAUACCUUGAAACAAAGUCUGGCCAAAGUGGAGAAUGCUUGUUACGCUUUGAAAGUCAGAGGUUCGGAAAUUCCAAAACAUAUGCUGGCAGAUGUGUUUUCAGUUAAAACAGAAAUGAUUGAUCAAGAAGAGGGCAUUUCUUAGAAUAAUGUUUCCUAAUUAUUAUUCUUCUGAGAACUCCUAAAAGAGACCAAUUUGUAAGACUGUUAUUUCGUAUUUCAUUUGACUUUAUUGUGGCUUUUACAUAGAAUCGUUCUCAGUUGUACUUGUUUUAAAGUGUAUACAAGCUGUACAUAAAAUUAUCCAAAUGAAUUGUUUCUUGUAUCUUAUUCAUGGAAGUUUGCAUACAAAUGUUUGCCUAUAUACCUAUUUGAAUUUUUGCUGGUUAACCUUCAUCGUUUAUCUUUGUAAUGUGAACAUAGUACAUAUUUUGGAGUGCACUUUCUGCCAUAUCUAUUUUAAUUUACUUUUUGUGAAUUUUUGAGUGGUAAUUUUUAGUGGAAGCCAUUUAUAAUUUAAGUUGAUGAUUUUAUUAUAUAUAGAAAAGAUUUUUUAGUUAAAUUUCUGGACUCGAGCUUCUAGUUUAAAUUUCUUGUUACUAUUGUGCCAAGCCUCCAAAAUAGGCUUAUUCCAUGGAACAAGAAUUAAAAAUUAAUAAGCUGUCAAUAUACUUUAAGUACAAGUUUAUGAGGUAUUAUAGUGAAAAUAAAUAUUAUAUUCUGGCCAAUUUUAGGCCAUUUUAAAUUUAUAUGAAACAACCUUCCAGAAAAAUUGACAGAUACCCAGAUGUUACUUUCUCCAUUUAUUUUUUUGUCCUUUACCACAGAAGAUCUUACAGAGAAUGGGAGGGAACACUGUAAUAUUUUCACUGGUAAAGUUGAGUUGAAUUAUAUACUUGUACAUAAAACUGAAAAGCUUUUAGUAGUGAUCAUUUAGUGAUUUUUUUUUGUCAUUAGGCACGUUCAGAGGCUUUCCUAUUCUAGCAUCUAUUACAAAUUACAUUUAAAUGAUAAAGUUUUGAAAUGCUAAGUUAAUGCAAAUCUUUAUAGGUGUCCCAUGGUGGUAAUUGAUAAAUAAAAGUUGCCAAAGACAAUUUAUAAUGUACAAUUCAGCAAUAAGACAAUUGUCAGUACAGUUGAGAAUAACAGUGGUAGUCUCUAGUAAUAUUUAGAAUUGGAAUUUGACUAUUGAAAUUAGUUAUAGAUUAUUACUUUGAUGUGAAACUGACUUGAGCAUGACACUAUUGGUUGACAACCAGACAUUUCCAGUUGGUUUUGUGAGUUUUGAGAAUCUAGAUACUGUAUUUUAUUUUUGGAAAGGUUAGCUCUGUUUGUAAGGACUGAUUGCUUGAAAAUGUAAUUUUCCAAAAAAUAUCACCUAAAGGAAAAUAAAACAUAGACAUGCCUAAUAAA